AUGGCGAAUGGUCUAGUUGAAAAGUUCAAUGGAACGUUGAAAUCUAUGAUUAAAAAGAUGUGUGCUGAACAACCUACUACUUGGGAUAGAUACCUGCCGGCAGUUCUCUUUGCAUACCGAGAGUCUCCACAAGCAAGCAUGGGGUUUUCUCCUUUUGAAUUAUUAUAUGGGAGAACGGUGCGUGGCCCUUUAGCUAUUCUGAGAGAUUUGUGGGAUAAGGAGAGAAAUGAGGAAGAGGUAAGAACUACUUACGAUUAUGUAUUUCAACCUCCGAGAAAGAUUAGAAGAAACUUGAAUAAAAGUUCUGUAGAAGUUCGAGAAAGUGGAGGUACAAUUGCAGUGGUCGAGGAGGAUCCACAGGAGGAUUUCUCACCCCUACUAGUGCCUGAUACUGGACCUUCACCUACUUGGGAACAAACCAAUCUGAAUAAGGAAUUGCAGGAAAAUCAAAAGCAGAAUCUGGAGGCUCUCCUUAGCCGCUACAGAGCGGUAAUGUCGGAGAUUCCCGGGCGCACUCACGUGAUCAAACACCAAAUCAGGUUUAGAGGGGAUCUCACCAAGAAAAAUCAGCCUAAUGACCUUUUGUGGGAGGAAAUGCAUGACCGGGCGUUUGUUUCUCUUAAGAACAAAAUUGCUGCCGAGCCUAUUCUUUUACUUCCAGAUUUGCAGGCUGAAUUCGUAUUACGUACAGAUGCUUCGAACGCUGGAUUGGGUGCCAUACUUCUGCAAGAAGUGGAUGGAGUGAAGCGUCCGAUUGCUUAUGAAAGUAGAAAAUUGCUACCGAGGGAAACUAAGUAUGCUGCCGUGGAGAAGGAGUGCCUUGCCAUAGUCUGGGGGAUUCAGAAGUUCGCAGUCUAUUUGUAUGGAAGAUACUUCGUUCUGGAGACUGAUCACAAGCCCUUGGCUUAUCUCAGACUGCUCGAGAAUUAA